CGGCCGGCACGGUGGGAGGAGGCUCGCUCGAGCGGGGAAGGCAGUUGGGAAAAUGGACGCUUAUGAAAGUGGGGAGGAGACUGCAUUUAUUGGUGAUGAAGUAACAGGUAUCAUUACAGAGUCAAUAGAGACUGUAAUUGGUGAAAAUGGGUAUCAGGCAAGUAGAGUUAACCACUGGACAAACAGCGUGAUGGAACUCAGUCUACGUCAACUCAGCAGACUGGGCAAACCCUUCAAGUACAUUUUGACCACUGUGAUAAUGCAGAAGAAUGGAGCCGGUCUGAGCGCAGCUAAUUCUUGCUACUGGGAUGCUAAUACCGACGGGAGCUGCACUGUGAGAUGGGAGAAUAAUACCACGUAUUGUAUUGUCACUGUGUUCGGGCUGGGCAUCUGAAAUCUUGCUGACUGCCAGACACCACAUUGAACCCUCCCUCAGAGACCCUGACUGUGAAGCACAAUUGAGUGUAAUACUAAUUAAAGGGUGCAACAGUUACUAUUGUACAUCCUCCGUUCACUACAUCUUACCUUCAGUAU